AUGUCGUCCCAGCAGCCCGACGCAAAAGUAAAGCUCACCUGCGUCGGCGACGGUGGUGUCGGCAAGACCUGCCUCCUCAUCGUCUACUCGCAAAAGCGCUUCCCGACUGACUACGUCCCGACCGUCUUCGAGAACUACGUCCUCAACAAGCCCUACGGCGACAAGAUCGUCGAGUUUGCCCUGUGGGACACGGCCGGGCAAGAAGAGUACGACCGACUGCGGCCCCUGAGCUAUCCCGAGACGCACGUCCUCUUCAUCUGCUUCACGGUCGACCACCCGCCCUCGCUCGAGAACGUCGAGGACAAGUGGUACCCCGAGGUGUCGCACUUCUGCCCCGACACGCCCCUCGUCCUCAUCGCGACCAAGACGGACCUGCGCACCGACGAGCGCGCCAUCUCGCUCCUGCGCGCCCAAGGGCGUCACCCGAUCACGCACGACGAGGGCGCCGCCGUCGCCGAGCGGAUAGGCGCCAGCUACGCCGAGGUGAGCGCCAUCAGCGGCAAGGGCGUCGAGGACGUGUUCGACCUCGCGCUGCGGCUCGCCAUGAGGGGCUCGGCGACGGCGGCGGGCGGUGCGGGACUCGGCUCGAGCGGUCGGUCGCGCUCGAGGGGCGGCCGACGCGCAAAGUGCAUGCUCUUGUGA